UAGAAAAAUAUAUUUUUCUAUAAACACCGUAGUUAUAGAAACGGAAUUUCUUGUUUAUUAUUGUAAAUAGCCGGCAAGCGAGCCAACGACGCCAAAAUGCCGAAAGUUCUAUUCCAGAAGUACAAGAAGGUGGUCAGUAACAUCGACCCGACUCGCCAUUCUGAAAAAUUCAAAGAAAUCGACGAGUUUAGGCGGUCGCAAGCCACGGAGUCGGAUUUCGCAGACGAAAUGGAAGGGGAGUACGAGAUGGAAAUGGAGGAGAUGAAGUCUAGUGAAUUCAGUUUGUCGGAAGGCGAACCGGCGCUGAAUAUCGGAAAGAUCGACUUAUCCUUUCCGGAGACAAUCGAGGAGUUCGAGAACAGUCCGCAGUGCUAUCCUCCCUCAUAUUAUACACUGUCACCCAAGGAGCGGUUGCUCCUCCUUUAUGCCGAGAAUUUCCGGAAGCAAUUGGUUCUUACUUAUCCAAAAAAAAGGGCGAUGGUCUUGGCAUUGCCCAACGAAUGCAAAGUUCAGAAAUUUGUGUGCACCACCAUCAGGCCAACGGCGUUUAUUCACACGCAACUCAUAUCAAGCGUUGACGAAAUUGCCAAGUUUGUCGCGGAUUUCAUUCAGUACGAACCACUAGAUGAUCCAAUUAAUUUGCCAAAUCGCCUGAUUUCGCCGGACACUUUGUUGCGGAGGCGCAAGGGAAACUCCUACGAAAUGGCCACUCUGCUGACCAGUAUGCUGAUUGGAGCAGGUCACCCCGCCUUGGUGGUAUCCGGAGUGGCCCGCGACGAGACCAUUCUCAAUGACCAACUGGCCAUUCCCUAUCCAUAUCCUAUCGUCGAGGUGGAGGCGGAGGAGAUCAAGCCGAAGGUUGAGAAGCCGGGUCAGAAGUAUAAGUUGCGCGGAUUACCCGAUUUGGAGAGUCACCUCGAGGAGGAUAUGGCCGAGGUUCACAGGCAAAAAGCCGCCGAAGAAAAACGGAUUCAGGACGAGAUUAUCCGGAAGCAAAUGGAGGAUCUUGAGCUGCUGGCCGUGGAUCGCCAUCACUAUCGACGCUGUCAUGCCUGGGUGGUGAUCAUAAACAAUGCUCCUUGGAGUGUGAAGCCCAAGACUACCUACACGGAUGUCAACGGGGAUGUGGUCGAGGCUCCUCCCACGGCCAUUUUCAUAGAGCCUUCGACGGGAUUCAUUUGCGAAACGGGUUGCAAGCAGUAUAUCCUGGUCGACAGUGUGUGGAACGAGUACAACUACUACGUGAACAAGCAGAAAUACCAGAGGGUGGGCGACUUGCGAUGGGAUCUGAGGGACACCAGCGACUGGGAGCACAUGCUGCCGGGUGAGCCGCCCGAGAUGCGCACCUACAAGGUGGCCUCGGAUGAGAACAUAACCGACGAGGAGCGCGACAUUAGCGAGGAGAAGCACCUGGAUUGCAUCGGUUCCUGGGUGGACCGACUGCACAUUGGACUGGCCGACUUCGAGCAGCGUUUUCCCAGCUCCGAGAAGAAGAUCCAAUACAAGGGAGCCAUCCACGAGCGAUUUGCUCCCUAUUCCCAGCGCGAUGGCAAGGUGAUGCAGCUAACCGUUUUCGCCAAUGACGAGUGCACAAUUCCCAAAAUCCGAUACGAGUUCUAUGAAAAUCGCUCCGACCUCAUGCGUCAUGUGAAGUACACAUAUGCCACCGACCAAUUCGAAGAGAUAUUCGCCAAAGGCCGUAACGACAGUUUGAAAUCUAUUGAGUUUUUCUCCGAAACCUCACAGCCGCGGAAAGUGUAUUUCUAUUCGGCUUCAAGAAUAGAUUCGUUGGAUUUGAUGGUGGUUGAACCAGGCUCCCUUGUUCUUCACUACAAGGGUCGCAGUGACAAGUGUUGGUACAAGGAGUUUGACUUUACUCCAGCUGGAAACACUCUUAAGAAAGUCACUGAGAAAUUUCACAAAGCCAGUGCCGAUGAUGUGGGCACAAAUGAUAUUGCAAUUCGUAUAUUUCUCUUUCAACAAAACAAAAUUGUUCUCAAGUUCCAUUAUACGUUUGGGGCACUUACCGCUACCACAGUGGAAUUUACAAAGCCACCAAGACCGGAUUAUGGCCAAGAACUUGUUUAUGAUGAGAAGCUAACAAAAAUAUACAAGGCAAAUCCCUUAGAUCCCACUCGCACUAAUCUGGAACUAUACAGAUUGUUACGUGACCAACUGCAGUAUGAGGAUCAGCUGAGGAAAAAUUUUGAGAAAAUCUUCGAGGACAUAAAUAAUAUCUUCGAUUUGCGUAAGUCUGAAAAGGCGGAACCGAAGCUCAAGUUCAGCAUAUUUGAUCCACUUCGGAAUGGAGCAGCCAGAGCUAUAAGAAUGAGACAGUUUGAGGAGGAAGAAGAACUAAAGAAGGAAAUAGCCAGUAAGCCCGCCGAUUUCCUGGCCCCAUAUCUGGUACCUUACAAACACCAGGAAGAACUGACUCAAGAGCAAUCUCUAAACGCCUACAAUGCCUGUCUGAAUGACCUGAAAUCGCGAUUUGUGAGCUUGCUAAAUAACCUGCAACGCCAUUAUGAGGAUCUAACCUCCGAGUCGAAGUCCCUGAAUCGAUUCCUCAACAAAUUCGAGAACCAAUUCAACAACUAUGACUACAAGCGUCUAGUGCAACAGUCGAAGGAUCUGGAACUCAAUAAACGCAUGGUGCAACAACGCUUGACUCUCACCCAUGAAGAGUCUCAAAAGAAGUACGAAAUAGUCAAAAACUCCUUGCUUAAGGACUCGCGGCUCAACUUUAAAAAGGAAGAUUUGGGAAGGAGGGCAUCUGAGUCAUCGAAAUAAAAAUA